AUGUCUCCCGCGGGCCAGGACUACAAAGCUCCCUCUGCCUACCCUCCGCGGUAUUCCAUAGCUCCUGGGCUGAGCAGCACUUUCUCUAGUUCUAGGGGUGAACGACUGGAAAGUGCAAGGGAUCAAGAAAUCGGUACCAAGAUUUAUUACGACCCUCGGAACGGGAACGACGCCAACAACACCCACGAGGUCAAAAACACCCACAACCCCGGUAUCAACCCCCUCAACCCGAUCGGUCUCACAAGUCCCAGCAACCCCCACCCCCCUACUCGGCCUCUCGCAGACCGGUUCAAAUACAGCCGUACCAGCCCCAGAACUGCCCCCAGAAAAAAGCCCACGGCGGGCCGGACGCACUCCCGUCGUAAGUCCUGGGUCCAACCUGCUGACACGGACUACCGGUAUUCGUACCCCAGUCUGUAUCCGUUUGACGAUCCGCUUCUCGAUUCGACACGUACGGAGGAGGGGUUGCUUGGAACCCAGACGGAUUUGGGCGACUUGUCGAAGAUGGAAGAGGGUGGGUAUGGGCAGUAUGAUGGGUAUCGUGGGUAUGGCGGGUAUGAUCGGCAUGGUCGGCAUGGUGGGUAUGGACCUGGGAAGGCUUAUUCACGGGAUGGGUAUCGGGUUCGGCCGGGGAGAAUUUAUUGA